AUGUACGCUGUUAGCCAACCACCACAUUAUUAUUAUCCUCCUCCUCCUCCUCCGCCUUCUUCUUCUGUCGGGGGAAAUAACUAUGCUCUCCAACCUCUGGUCAACCCCGGGUAUGGCAAUUCUGCCAGAUUGUCCAACAAUAAUAUUUACAAUCAAGGCUCGCUUCCUAAUCAUCAGCAUGCCCCAAUGUUACCGCAACUUCAUCUCGCGCCAAUAUCUCUCCAGCAUCAUCAAGUGAAUCAAUCUCACCAGUUUAGAAAUCAUUUGAGAAAUUCUAGCCAAAACAGCCGUUUCCUUCAAAAUAACCAACAACCUUAUCCUGCUCCUCCUCCUCAUCAUCAACAACAAGAAACCGUCGUCGAUGACAAGGGAUAUAACAGUUAUGUCAUGGCCAAGUUUGCUGCAGAAUUCGCGUUCGAUGUCUUGCAAGGAUAUGUGCCCCAAAUACCAGAGUCAUUUGUAACCAAGUUGACCAGCGUUUUGGAUGCCACUAGAUUAUCCAAAACUUCGGUAUUAUUGGGCUUGACGUACUUACACAGACGGAAAAGAUUAGCCACUUUAUCACACCGGGGUGAAUUGCAAUAUAACUUACAAAACGAGAAGAUUUUCCUUUAUACCGCAGUGGCAUUGAUCAUUGCUAACAAGUACAACGAUGACAAUACGUUUACCAACAGAUCAUGGUCGAACGCCACCGGAAUCUCGAUCCAAGACUUGAAUUCCAGCGAAAGAGAUUGGUUGGUGUCGUGUAAUUAUGAUUUGCACUUCAAUGUCCAAAGUCAACAAUUCAAAAACCAAUACUACUCAAGUUAUAACCCCCAACCUUAUGAAACUAGACCUUGGUUGGUAUCGCUCGACACCGUCAACCCUAAAGGAUACUUUAAUUCUCAAAUAUCAUACGCUACCAAUGAAAUAUAUGGUACAAACGAUCCGGCUAAAAAGUCUUUGACUAACGGCAUUCAAGAUUACCAGUGCAUUGAGAGCAUGUACAAUUAUUUUGAAAGUCAUCGUUCAUUGAGAUCACCGAUCAUGACCUCAUUCGACCAAUCGUCUAAUUACUACAGCCCAAUUUCCAACAAUAAUAGCUAUGUCUACCAUAACCAGUAUGAAGAUCGCUAUAAAUCAGAAAUUAGAACCCCCAAAUCGGCAUGCGAUUUCAAUAAUGAUUUGAGCAAAUAUUCUACAAGACCCGGUUUACAAAAAUAUGACUAUCCAAAUGGUUUGUUUUCCAAGAAUUACAAUGAUCAAUAUGGUUAUGCCGCCGCCAACAACAACAACAAUAACACUCCACAUGAUUAUCCACUAAUGGCCAACCGGUCCCAGUCAAAUUUCGGUCAUCAACUUCCACAUUCCGGCUUUGACAGUUAUGCGAAUUGUACAGAUAACCUGAAUACCGCCGCCGCCGUCAACAAUAAUAUGAAUAAUCUCCGCCGCUCAAGCUCCAGGCACUCUAUCAACCAAUCACAAACACAGCUACCUCCAUUGUUGUCAACUGGAUUGGGCAUGGGUUCCAACUCCCUCGCCAAUUAUGAUUCUGCAUCUGUUUCGUCGUUCCCAACGUUAGGAUAUGACACCAAUAUGAGUACAAGUCCAAACUACAGCUCGAAUUAUUUCAACACGACCUUGUUUAGAGGCUCGGACAGUGGAAUCAAUAAUUCGGGGUUGACUGGGCUAACCAUGAGCACAGGAGGUAGACCUUAUUUUUUCAAUAAUAAUGGUAUCAAUGAUGGCUUGAGUAUUUGUGGAAACAAUAAUAGAUCAUUCCAAUUUUAUAUUUGA